CCCGAGGAGGAGAUUCUACUAAUUAUCCACAAUACGCUCAUACAUCCUCCAUCUCCUAGUCAUUUUCCUUCUAAUGACUACCCAAGACAAACGAGACAUCCAGCAUGGAUUCUUGCAACGCUGUGAACAAGCUUACGAUUUGGUCCAGGGAUUCCUCCAUGACACAUUACCGUGGUCACCGGUGCCCACCACCAAACACGGCUUCAAAUACAACCACGUGUUGCGACAACAAGUCAAGGACAAGGUUUUGUUGAGCAUGGACAAGUUGGAAAUGUCUAUUGAUUUACACGGACUUGAGGAGAUCGCUAUUAGUUACAACGGAGGCAAGGACUGUCUCGUGAUGCUUAUAUUACUCCUCGCUACCAUCCACAAAAAAUUCGCCUCUUCAAACUUUGAAAACCCCAGUUACAACAUGUUGCCCCGAGAUUACAAGCUCGAUUCGAUAUUCAUCAACGCCGAACCACAAUUCCCCGACUUGCUUCAGUUCAUAGAACAAAGUACAGACUACUACCAUCUCAACCCCAUAAUCAUAAAGUCGUCCCUCAAGGACGGCUUUGAAUACUAUCUCAACAACAUGAACACAAAGGUAAAGUCAGUUAUUGUGGGAAUAAGAUAUUCCGACCCCUAUGGGAGUACCCUCCACUAUGAACAGCCUACUGAUCACGAUUGGCCCAAGUUUUUACGUAUACAUCCGAUCUUGCACUGGAAUUACGUCGACAUAUGGGACUUUCUUAUUGGAUGUGACUUGGACUAUUGCAAAAUGUACGAUUGGGGGUAUACCAGUUUAGGUGGCAUAAACGCAACUGUGCCCAACCCAUAUCUCAAGAUCGAAGGUACAGACAAGUACUUGCCUGCGUAUAUGCUCACAGAACACGCCGACGAGAGGGAAAGAUUAGGAAGAAACAAAAAGUAAUAUACAUAUAUAUAUAUUAAUAGAUAAUACUACUACUAAUUGGCACUACUGCCUCUUCUCUUGUUUGAGUUUGCACUAUUCACCAACACAUUCCGGAAAUACUCUUCGGAACAUGGCCCAACUCCAAUCUCACCAAGUGCCCGUUCAGCACUGGUGUAUCCGAUCCUAAUUGGUACAUCCAGCGAGUGAUUAUUCUUUUUAAGCUCAAGUGUGCGCAACUUCAAUAUCAACUCUACUUCCUUACGAUUGUUCUCAUCAAUUAAACUCUGCAAGUAUUGCAAAUACUCCACUGACUUGGUCAAGAUUUGCCCCUUGUUAGGCUUGCCGUCUUUGGUACCAGCAAUCUUUACUGCGUUAUUCACAUCUUCUUCGGUAUCUCCCAUCCCCUCAGAUCCUUCCUUGGUAACAUCAGGCAGUCCAGCUUUUGUGGUAUCCUGGAAGAAUUCUGCAGGUAUUAAAGUCAGUAACUCCUGGAUCUUUUCAUUUAUGUUAUCUCGACGCUUGCGUUCAUUCCCUUGAUCAAACUUGUCAUCUUCAUUAUCACUUCCUUGGUUCGACUUGAUGAUCGCACUGUUUCUCCUCGACCGGGGCUUGCUUAUACCUCCGGUGUUGUGACUGCCGCCUAUCCCCUGUAGCGAUUGUGAAAGUUGUUUCUUGAUAUCAAGGGAGUUUCCGGGAGAGCUUAAUAGGUGAUCAAUGUUCUCUUGCUUGACUGCAAUGGUAGGAAUACCACCCUGCAGCAGCAGCAGUUGUUGUUGUUGUUGUUCAUUUGAAGCUGGACUGGAUGAAUCGGAUCCAGAAACCGUAUCAGAGUUAUUGACAUCUGACGACUUGAGAAAUGACUCUUUGAAACCUCCAAACUGUGCCAUGGCGUGUGUGUUGCUGUAAAGGUUACUCU